UUCUUUCCUUUCUUCUUCUUCUUCUUUUUCACCGAUUCUUCUUCUUCACCUCUUCUUCUUCUCCUGCUCUGCUCUUGCGCGACGGACGGCCAGAUUAAAAAAAAAAAAAAAAAACAAUUAUGGCAAGUCUAAACCGCACGCAGCAGGCGGUAUCCUCUCAAAAUUCGUCUCAAUUCCUCUUCAAUGCCGUUUUCUUCUUAAAUUUUUUUCACAUUUUAAAUUGAAAGAGGAGUACGAAACAGAAAAAAGAAAAGAGCACGACAACGAAAAAGAGAGCGAGCGACAAAAGGAAAUAUCCGAAUCGGAACGGUCCUGGCCGAUCCGGCGAACCAUGCUUAUGAUCAAUGUAUAUUGUCGAUUUUCAUGUAUUUCUUAAUGAUUCUGAAGGGGUUUGGUUCAUCUUUGUUCCAGGGUUAGGAUAUUAGUUCAAUGAAGUUUACACGCCCCAUUGGAAUCCUAUAUAAGAAAUUGACGAGUCCAGUGAAAUGUGGCCAUGGUUAUUCUACAGCUGUAGCACAUCAUCAAGAUCAAGGAAUGUCUUUUACUAGGCUUUUGCAAAAUAAAGCUUCUGGUUUUCCAAAUUAUUCCAAUUCAACCAAUAGUUUCAGAAUAUGCAUCAGAAGUCGAUGGUACUCCUCUCAAGCUUCUGCAUCUGAACAAACAAAUCUUAUAAAACAGCUGAGGGAGAGAACAAGUGCUCCGAUCAAGGAAGUGAAAUCCGCCCUUGUUGCUUGCAACUGGGAUAUCGAAGCUGCACAGACGGAUUUGAGGAAAAGGGGGGUAGUUCUUGCAUCAAAAAAGUCCUCUCGAACUGCUGCUGAGGGUUUUCUUGCGUUGGCUCAAAAUCAACAGAAGGCUGUUAUUGUUGAACUCAACUGUGAGACUGAUUUUGUUGCUAGGAACGACAUUUUUCAGUAUUUGGCAUUAUCUUUGGCGAAGUCUGCUUUGCUGAAUGAUGGAUCUAACCAGGCCUCUUCAACUGUUCCCGUUAGUGCUGAGUUUCUGGAGAAUUUGAAGAUGAAUUUUGACCAUCCUAAAUUAGCUGGACAGAAAACUGUUGAAGACGCAAUUACAGAAGUGGCUGCAAUGAUGGGUGAAAAUGUCAAAGUUGGAGGGGGUUUUGCAGUAUCUGCACCUUCCCAUGGUGUCUUAACCACAUAUCUCCAUACAAGCCCCCAACCAGGUAUAGGACGUAUUGCUGGUCUCUUAUCACUUGAGGUAGAAAAUAAGGAUGUCCCACUGGAUGCUGUUGAGCGUGUUGGGUCAGAAAUAGCGAUGCAUGUAGUAGCUGCAAAGCCAUUGUUCCUGACAAAGGAAGAUGUUUCUCCCGACGCAUUAGGAAAUGAGCGUGAUAUUCUUCGAUCUCAGGCAGAAAGUACUGGGAAAUCUCAGAUGGCUAUAGAUAAGAUGGUUGAAGGUCGACUAAGAAAGUAUUUUGAGGAAGUGGUUCUUAUGGAGCAGAAGUUUGUUGUGAAUGAUACAGUAAACAUAAAGACAUUGUUGGAUAAUCUGUCCAAGGAAAUAGGUUCCACUGUGAGAAUUGAAAACUUUCUCAGAGUAGAAGUUGGAGAAGGCCAAAAGAGGAGUGAAGCUGUUGGCGGAAAUCAACCUCUUUCUCAAGCUGCUUGAGGAGAUUCAUCCGUUCUAAUUCCCCAUUUGAUGGAAAACAAUAUGAUUUUGCAUAUCCAUUUACAGGAUAAUAUUUGGUCUCAUGAAUGUUUUGUUUUCUAAAAUAUUUGUGAACUAAGGGAUUUAUUGCAACUUCAGAUUAUGGAAAGGAUGAAUGGAAAUUAGGAUACACUAGUUCA